UGCCGGCAGUUGCCACGGAUACAUGCGCUACGGGGCGGCCGUCACGUGGGUCGCCAUGGCAACGCAGGUGCUGGCGUGUAGCCUGGGUUACGGUAUCCUAGGCGACGGCGUGGGCUACGCCCUCUUCGCUCUCUUCGCCACCUACAGCAUGCUGCCCUUCCCGUUGCCGUGGGCGAUAGUCGCGGCAACAGCUACCACCACGACGCACCUGGGCCUGCAGGCACUUGGCGGACGCACGGCGGAUGAGCUCCUGGCCCAGGCUGCGUUGUGCGUGUGCGUGUGUGUGGCCGGCGUCUUCAUCUCUUUCCUGUCGGAGCGAGCGCAGCGCCACGCCUUCCUGGAGACACGCCGAUGCGUGGAGGCCAGACUGCGCCUGGAGAACGAAAACCAACGGCAGGAGCGGCUGGUGUUGUCGGUGUUGCCGCGGUUCGUCGUCCUGGAGAUGAUCAAUGACAUGGGGACUAGCGUGGAGGACGAGAGCCUACAGCAGCAGUUCCACAGGAUAUACAUCCACCGCUAUGAGAACGUCAGCAUCCUGUUCGCUGACGUGAAGGGAUUCACCAAUCUCUCGACAACGUUGACGGCGCAAGAACUGGUGCGCAUGUUGAAUGAACUGUUCGCCCGCUUCGAUCGGCUAGCGCACGAGCACCACUGCCUGCGUAUCAAGAUCUUGGGCGACUGCUACUACUGUGUAUCAGGGCUGCCAGAGCCGAGGCAAGACCACGCCCACUGCUGCAUAGAGAUGGGGCUCAGCAUGAUCAAGACCAUCAGGUACGUGCGUUCGCGUACGCAGCAUAAUGUUGACAUGCGUAUCGGCGUGCACUCCGGCUCGGUCCUGUGUGGCGUGCUGGGUCUGAGGAAGUGGCAGUUUGACGUCUGGUCCUGGGACGUGGACAUCGCCAACAAACUGGAGUCUGGGGGGAUACCGGGGCGUGUCCACAUCUCCAAGGCUGCGCUGGACUGUCUCGACGGCCACUACGCGGUGGAGGAGGGGCACGGGCAGCAGCGGAACGAGUUUCUACGGCGACACAACAUCCAGACCUUCCUGAUUCGCCAGCCGCCCGAGGACAAGAGCCCCGCCUCCUCGCCCACCGGUCGCCUCGACGACGGCAACAACGGUAAACAGAAACGCUCCAAUCAGCUCUUUUAAAAUACGACCUUCACCAACAGCUGGACGCCGGAGCUGCCAUUUGACAACAUCAUUGGCAAACAGCACACUCUGGCUGCGUUGACCCGCCAGUCCCUCAGUGUGUUCCCCACGCCCCUCACCCACUCCACUCCGCCCCUCGCCAAAGACAAGGACGUCCCCCCCACCAAUAGCCACGCCCCCGCCAAUAGCCACACCCCCACCCCCGCUCAGCCCUAUCAGAGGCCUCCACCGCUUCACCACCGAGGAUCCAACCAGACGACGACUACAGCCACGGUGACGUCGGUGAGCUCCGGUAGCCGUGCCCAGCGCUCGGGCAGCCUGGGAGCCCACAACCUGCAUCCUCCACCUGGGCAGACCCGCGAGCACCUCACCCCCCUGCUCCGCUUCAGAGACCCACGCCUGGAGGAGAAGUAUGCCCAGAUGCGUGACGGCGUCUUCAAGUCCAACGUGGUGUGUGCCUUCAUAGUGCUCCUCUUCAUCAUCGCCGUACAGGGACUGCUGCCCUCAACCAGGAUGGUAGUCAUGGUGACGGAGUUCUCCUUGCUGGUGCUGGUGCACCUGUUGCUGGUCGUUGUAGCAACCGCCGAGGACUACAAAUGCUUGCCGUUGGCCGUCAGAAGGCUGGGCGGCCUCCUGAACGAGACUCACGGCCACCGGACGGCGCUGACACUCCUCUCCGUGUGUGUCAACUUCACCGCAGCCGUGGGCAAUGUGCUGUGGUGCGAGGUGAGUUCCGUUGCCCUUGGUAACCAGACGGACGAUGACGACAACACUAGCAGCAACUCCACCGGUCCUGACAGCGUCUGCUACAACCCACAGUAUUUCGUCUUCACAGGUCUGCUGGCCAUGGUGACGUGUGCUGUGUUUCUACGGUUACGCUCCCUGCUGAAGCUGAGCGUGCUGCUGGGUAUUAUGGGAUGUCAUGUGCUGUUGACUGAGUGGGUCUACACACCGCUGUUCCAACGCUACGAUACAUUGCACCCCAGGGGGUUUCUGGGUAGUAAGGAGACGUCUCUGCUGCUGAUGGCCAUGUUCCUGCUGGCAGUCUUCUACCACGGACAACAGUUGGAAUACACGGCGCGGCUGGACUUCCUGUGGCGUGUUCAGGCGCAGGAGGAGAUGGGGGAGAUGCGAUCCAUACGCGAACACAAUGAGAACCUGCUGCGCAACAUCCUGCCCUCGCACGUGGCCCGGCACUUCCUGGAGAAGGACCGUGACAAUGAGGAGCUAUACUCCCAGUCGUAUGACGCAGUAGGCGUGAUGUUCGCAUCCAUCCCAGGUUUCGCUGACUUCUACUCGCAGACAGAAAUGAACAACCAGGGUGUUGAGUGCCUGCGACUGCUCAACGAAAUCAUCACCGACUUUGAUGAGCUAUUGGGCGAGGAGCGCUUCCAGGACGUGGAGAAGAUCAAGACGAUUGGCUCCACAUACAUGGCCGUCUCCGGAUUAUCUCCAGACAAACAGCAAUGUGAGGACCGCUGGGGUCACCUGUGUGCGCUGGCUGACUUUGCGCUGGCCCUCAACGAGACGAUUCAAGACAUCAACACACACUCAUUCAACAACUUUCAGCUUCGCAUCGGCAUGGCGCAUGGUUCGGUGGUGGCUGGCGUGAUCGGUGCCAAGAAGCCGCAGUACGAUAUCUGGGGCCGCACGGUGAACCUGGCCAGCAGGAUGGACUCCACGGGCGCCAGCGGCCGCAUACAGCUGCCCCACGACACCUACUUGGUGCUCUGCCAACGCGGCUUUGCCUUCCAGCGCCGAGGCCCGGUGCACGUGCGGGGUAUCAGCGAGCAGGAAGGGCCCGUGUGUACCCAUUUCCUGCAGGGCCGCCAAUCGCAGCAGGGGGGCCCCCGUCUCCAGCCGCGACGGGCCACGGGCCAGUACUCUCUGGCUGCAGUGGUGCUGGGAUUGGUGCAGUCGCUCAACCGGCAGAAGGGCCUACAAGGAGGCGGCUACAAGGGCUGUAACGACACGCCCAACUCGCGCUUCGCUACGGGCUAUCACCACCACCACCACCGCAGGACCUUGCUCACGCCAACAGAGAACAACAGCAGCCAUCAUCACAUAGCCGCCGAGGACCCCAAGACACAAGAGCUGGCCUAGACAACUUGUAGUCUUUUAUCUUACUGAAACCCAUGAUAAAAUACAGCUAUUGAACUACAAAAAUGGACUCGC